AUGGUUUCUAAAAUGCCCAAGGUUAAGUUUAAUAAUGGAUUUGAGUGUCCUAUAUUGGGGUUAGGGACAUGGAAGUCCAAACCUGGUGAAGUAACGCAGGCUGUGAAAGACGCCAUCGACAUUGGCUACAGACACUUCGACUGCGCCUACGUGUACGGCAACGAGAAGGAAGUGGGCGCAGCAAUCACUGAGAAGAUAGGUCAGGGCGCCGUCAAACGAGAAGAGCUCUUCAUAACAUCAAAACUAUGGAACACCUUCCAUCGGCCGGAUCUAGUGCGAGGCGCACUACAGACAACUUUGUCUAACCUCAAUCUGAAAUACCUCGACCUAUACUUGAUACAUUGGCCUCUAGCAUACAAGGAAGAAGGCGAUCUUUUCCCUUCUGAUGAAAACAACAAGAUAAUCUUCUCCGAUGUUGAUUAUGUUGACACUUGGAAGGCGAUGGAGCCAUUGGUGAACGAAGGCUUGGUGAAGAGCAUUGGCAUAUCUAACUUCAACUCUAAGCAGGUGGAGAGGCUGCUGCAACACGCCACCGUCAAGCCGGUGACGAAUCAGGUAGAAUGUCAUCCAUACUUGAAUCAGAAUAAGCUGAAAGCAUUCUGCGAGGCCCGCGGUAUCGUGAUCACCGCGUAUUCCCCACUCGGCUCCCCGGACAGACCGUGGGCCAAGCCGUCCGAUCCACAACUAUUGGAAGACCCCAAACUGAAGGAAAUAGCCGACAGACUUAACAAAACUGUUGCUCAAGUACUCAUUAGAUAUCAGAUCGACCGCAACAACAUUGUGAUCCCAAAGUCUGUGAAUAAAGCUCGCAUCGCUAGCAACUUCGAUGUGUUGAACUUCAAUCUGUCACCUGAGGACAUCAAACUGAUUGACAGCUUCGAUUGUAACGGCAGACUGGUGCCUAUGACAGCAUCAUUCGGCCAUAAGCACCAUCCGUUCGAGAACGAAGAAUUUUAA